UCACUUUUGACACUGACAGUAACUAUGGAAGAACUUUGUUUUGGAAAAAAGCGGGAUUAAUUUAAUGGUUAAUUUUCUUUUCUUCAAAAUAAUUGUGAAUCUAAAUAUAAUACAGUAUAGGCGUUUUAUCCAAAAAUAUAUACAAAUAAAACUGCAGUCAUAUUUCAAAUGUACUAAGAUAUUUAAUUUCAUCAGAUUGCGAUGUCUCUACAAGGACUAGACUUAGGACACAUAUCAAAAUUAAUUUCCUCAUUUAUUGACCAAGUUACAUGUCUUGAAUGUUACAGAUUUUAUAUUGCUCCAGAAACUGCAAACUGUGGACAUACAUUUUGCCAUACAUGUUGGAAAAAAUGCAGAUCCUGUCCUAGUUGUGCAGCUCCAUUAGAAAGAAGAACAUUAAAGCUUAAUAUACCAGUUCAGAAUAAAACUGAACAUAUACAUACCGUUAUUGAGGUUUUUGAGAAACUUUUUAAUGUUAAAUUAGAUGAAUUUAUACUAGAUGUACAAGAUAAUGAACUAUGUUCUAAAGAUGAUCCUACAAAAAAUGUCAAGAAUUGGUUAGACAGCUCUCAAAAUCACUUUUCAGCACCAUUGCUUAGUUCAGAGCAUUCUACUCAAGAUAAGAUAAUAGUAGAACAAUUAACAAGUAAAGUCCUAAUACAUGCAGACACAAAAAAAACUGCUACUCCAAAAAAAAUAAUCCAUAAACAACCUCCACAAGAUGAUUGGGAAAAAAUUGAAAUAUUACCCGUAUCAAAUGAAAAUAAUAACAGUCAUGAUCCUAUAGAUGAACAUAGUUUGAAUGAUAAAGAUGAGUACACAACAUUUAAUCCACGAAGAAGUUGUAGAAAAAAAGAAAUUAAAAACAGUGAGCCUAGUUUAAAAAAUUACGAUAUAUCAACAGAUAAACACAGUUCUAAAAAUUCAAGCUUAGAAACAGAAAUUAAAUCAAAUAAUAAUAAACGAAAUUGGGGGAAUGUUAAAAAAAUGCGCAAAGAGUUCAGUAAAUUAAACAAAAAGAAUAGAAAUAAAUUAAAUGUUUCAAUAGAAAUGUGUAAAAAAAGUCAAUUGACAACCAAGACAAUAUCUAAGCCAGUAAUAACUACAACAGAUGUAGUUUCUCAAAAUUAUGAUAAUAUUAUUGGAGAUACCACUCCUGAUUUAAUUAAUAAAUUAGAUCAGCAAAUUACAGAGAAAGCAACAAAUAAAAUUGAACAAUCUACAUCUUAUGUAGGAAAAAGUGUUCCCAUUAGUGACAAAAAUUAUUCAAACAAUAUGCGUUUAGAAAAGAAUGUAUCCUCUCUUGAUACAUCUAAAGUUUUAGAAAUUGAUAAAAAUUGUGAUAAUGAGAAUGUUAAUAGAGUAAAGCAAUCUUCAGAAAAGUCAAAAGCUAAUUUAUCCAUAGAUCAUCCAAAACUGUCUUUCUUGAAAAAAAGCUCAUUACAACCUAAAACAGUUGAAAAUAAUAUGAAGACUACUAAUUAUGAUGUUCAUUGCAAUACUGAAGGGAAUAUGGAUGAUAUUGAGAUUACAAUUAAAAUAGGUAACACUAUAACAAAUAUUUUUAUAAAGAAGAAGAAAAAUAAUAUGGAAUAUAGUUUACACACAGAUAAAGAAAUUCAGACAACAUUAGGCCUGCAUACUUUAUCUAAGAAUAAUAAUGUCUCUCCUAAUAAUAUGAACGAUAACAAUAUAGAAGUUAACAUAGGGUAUGAAAAGGAAGUGUCAGUUGUUAGUGGAAACACACAAAAAAAUAAUUCGGAAAACUGUUCUGAAAAUGCAAGUAAUAUUAUGAAUAAAUCUCUUUCUACUAAGAAAAAUACUGCAUCAGCUGAUACUAAAACAGCUCAAUUUGAAAUUACUGAAAGUGUGGAAAAGGAGAUGUCCAAUAUCAUGGAAUGCGAUCCAAUUGAUUCAUGUCUAAAAAAACGAGGUAUGGAUAAUAUUACUGCAGAGCCUAUAACUACUUUGAAAAACACUAUUUCAAAUAUAAAGUCAACUAUUAUAGAACCAUGUUUGGAGGAAGAUGACUAUAAUGAAUUAGAUAUAUUUGAUAGUAAUUCUAUAAAAGAAGCCAAUGUACAAUUAUUGAAAAGUACAAAACAUACACCUUCUGAAAUAUUAGUACCUACAAUAAAAAGUAACAAAAUAAGAACCCAAAAACAUAUUGAUAAAAGAGCCAGAGAAGUGAAUGAUGAAUUGUUUUUGCCAAACAGUAAAAAAAUAAAAUUGAUAGAUAAUGUAGAUGAUAAUAUUAAAACACAAGAGAAUAAUGAACUUAAUAUUGAAGCUAUGGAUUAUGAUAUCGUCAUGGGUCAAGUAUUUUCUAGUAUAGAUGCAGACAUUAAAGAUACUCAGAAAAGCAAAAAUGUAAAUGAAACUGAAAAAAAUACAAAAUUCAUUUCUUUAUCAGAAGAUAGAAAAAAAGAUUUGGAAACAUCUAUACAUGAGAUUACAUUAAGUAAUGAAAAAUUCAGUGAAAAUGUGUUUUCUUUCCUGGAAAAAGAAAAUGAAGUGAAAACUUUAGACAAACCCAAAAAUCAAAUUCCCAGUUCUACUCAACAACACAUAGAAAACUUAUUAACGCCGGGAUUAUGUCAAAAUUUAGCAGACACAAAUGAAGUUGAGAAUGUGGACAAAAAAUUAUGUACACCUGUACAAGACGCCAACGACGACGAUUCCGACAAAAGUAUAGUAGAAGAAACACCACAAAAAAAUGUAUCUUUUACAAAACCGAAAAAUAAAAAGGAUUUGACUCAUGACGAAGCGGAGAAGAUUAAUAACAGUAAAAACAAAUGCACAUCGCAUUCACAAAAACAAGUGAUAGAAAGUAUCGUUGAUGUAUCCGAUUCUGUGCCAAAUGCAUCUAAAGAUACUAAAGAUUUGACUGUCAUUGAAGCUCUUCCAAGAAAAACCACAUUGGAGACACCUCUUACAAUUAAUAGAUUUGUUGAUCACAUAACACAUAAGUCUACUCCCGUAGCAAGAAAAUCACUUAAUUUUGAAGCGGAAAACAUUGAUGAUAUAGACCAGACUUUAUGUCCAACUACUGAACCAGUAGCAAAAACUACGCAAGAAAAAGAAUUUUUAGUUAAAGCUUUCGAAGAGACCCCCCAAACGCCAAUAAGGAAACCAUUGGUAUCAAGAAAUUUUAAAGUGAAUAAUAUAGACAAUUGUUUGGCUGGAUCAUGUUUGAGUCCUGUUGAAUUGGCUAAGGUAAAACUGUUAUGUCGCCAAUACAAUUGGAAGUAUACAGAUAAAUAUAUUAAAGAUUUGACUCAUUUAGUUGUUGGAGUCGAUGAAGAAAACCGGUCACAAAGAUCGGUUAAGUACAUGUGCGCUUUAGCGGCAUCUAAGUGGAUUGUUUCAUUCCAGUGGGUCGACAGCUGUUUAAAAAAUAAUAAAAUUGUUAAAGAGGAACAGUAUGAAGCGCUUGACGGAACUGGAGAACCUGGACCAAAGCGUUCCCGGCUUGCGAAGAAAAAAUUAUUUGAGGGAAUGAUAUUUUAUUGUAUGCCACCAUUUAGCAUACUUGAUGUUAAUACAUUAAAGGAUAUACUUGAAGCGGCAGGUGGCCGAGUAGUGAACGAAGCUAAAAGCGUUAGAGUGACUGGCGAUACACCGGCACUACUGUUGGCCGAACCAGAAAACACGCAAGAGAAUAAAUUUAUAUAUUUAGCAAUGGAAUUGAAUAUUGUACCGGUGAACCACGAAUGGGCCUUGAACUCCCUCGGAAGCUACACUCUGAGUUCCAUAUAUGAACUGCUGUUGUGUCCGGCCGCGCUGUUGCCCGCAGCUACCGCAUCUUGGCCAGCCGAUCUAGUGUCUCAAGAUUGUGAUUAAUAUGUUUAACAAUUAUGUAUGUUAUUGUAAUCAUAAUUUUUAAUACAUGAAUUUAUAUAGAAA